CGAAUAAAUCAGUCGUCAAAAUGGCGUUGAUUAUGCCGUUCGUGUCUGUUGCAGUUUCAAUACUUUACACGCCGUUUUUACUUUUUAUAUUGUGUAUUAUAUUCCUGGCCUCAAUCGGAAAAUCUCUUGGUGUACGGAGAUUAUAUGUGAAUAUACUAUUGAAGCUAUUCGAAUAUGGCCGUCAACACAUUGAAGUUGCAAAGAAACUGCAAAGGAGUGACAGUUCUGAUGAGGAGGAGCCCCUCGUACCUGAUGAUAAGCCACCAUCAGCUAUUAUUAAAGAAAAUGGUGUUAAUGGUACAAAGACAACGGUUAUAGAACGACAAGAGAUACUAGGGCCGUCACCGGAGUUGAAUUAUAGGCGGGUUCAGAACGGACAUAAAGCUGAACAAGGGAAUGGAGAGACUAACUUAGAGUUCCAUUUCUACCAUUGUAUGGAUCUGGUAAAAGCUGGUAUGGAGUCAAUAAUAGAAGACCAGGUCACCUCCGUCUUUGAGGCCGAAGAGUUGAGGAGUUGGAACUUACUGACUAGAACUAAUAGGCAGUAUGAAUUUUUAACAUGGAGGUUAACAAUAAUUUGGAUGAUGGGUUUUGUUGUUCGCUAUUUCUUUUUAUUACCUUUGAGGAUAUUGAUAUUCGUUAUUGGGGUGCUGACGCUACUCUGGACAAUGCUAUUGGUGAGCACAUUACCAACGAAGCGUUUGCGUCGCUUCUUCGGCGCAAUAUCCUACAAAAUAUCGAUGAGAAUUCUGAUGAGAAGCCUUUCUUGUGUUGUAUUUUAUCAUGACGUACAACAUUUGCCGAAGGAAAAGGGCUUCUGUGUUGCCAACCAUACCAGCCCGAUAGAUGUCAUUAUAUUAAGCUACAACAGUUAUUUCUCUUUGGUAUGGUGGCUGAUCAUCAGUACAGCAUGCGUUGGUACAUUACCAGAUGGACCUUUUAAACAGCGAGUGAACCAUGCCAUGUCUAUAAUGAGCUUUAAUUUCCUAUCAAGAUGUAUAUCUAUGGUCAUAACAUACCAUGAUGGUGACAUAAAUAGACCUAAAAAUGGCAUAUGCGUAGCAAAUCAUACGAGCCCAAUAGAUGUUUUGGUGUUGAUGUGCGAUAAUUGUUAUUCAUUGAUUGGUCAAAGACACGACGGCUUUCUAGGGCUCUUGCAAAGAGCGCUAGCUAGGGCUUCGCCCCAUAUAUGGUUCGAAAGAUCUGAAGUUAAAGAUAGACAUGCAGUUGCUAGAAGGUUAAAAGAGCACAUCUCAGUGCCAGACAAUCCUCCGAUUCUUAUCUUUCCUGAAGGCACUUGUAUUAAUAAUACUUCGGUAAUGCAAUUUAAGAAAGGAAGUUUUGAAGUCGGCGGCACUAUAUACCCAGUAGCUAUCAAAUACGAUCCACGUUUUGGUGAUGCGUUCUGGAACAGUUCUCGUUACGGGAUGCUGCAUUAUCUGCUGAAUAUGAUGAGCUCGUGGGCUAUUGUUUGUGAUGUGUGGUAUUUACCACCAAUGCAUCGCUACAAUAAUGAGACGGCUGUUGACUUUGCUAAUAGAGUCAAAGCUGUUGUUGCCAGGAGAGGCGGAUUGGUGGAUUUGAUGUGGGACGGUCAACUAAAACGUAUGAAGGCUAAGAAGGAAUGGAGGGAAUUACAACAGGAGGAAUUCAGUAAAAGACUGAAGGGAGAGUAAUUGAAGACCGGAGACCAGAGCCCGGUGUAGACCGGAGACAGGAGACUAAGUGAUAUGUGUUGUGAUGUAAUGUUUUUAUAAAAGAAUCUAGUUGGAGAAAAGAAGGGAAAAGAAGAACGGUGAUACUAGAGAUAGUAAUCGUUAAUAAUAUCCAAUAAAAAGGGUUACAUCUCUUAGCUAUCUUGAGAUGUAACCUUUUUCAAUAGGUAACUUAAAUCUAUAAAAAAAUAUCUUGAGAGAUAAAGCCGUAUUUUCUUGUUGGGUUACAAGUUUUUAGGAUUAUCUUAAUAUGUAACCUUUUUCGUUGCAUUUGUAUCUUAUAUCUUGAGAUGUAACUCUUUUCGUUAUUAAAUAAAUCAUAAAUAAAAAAAAAUUAGCAUCCAUUUUUAAUGAUUUCGUGUUUAUCGAAUUUGUAUAUACGAACGUUUUUGAUAAAUUCCUUAUGUAGCUUAUUUAUGAAAUUCGUCAGUUUAUAAACUUACUAGGAAAACUGUCGGAAAAUUGCACUGAACGAGAUUGGCAAUUUGAUGUGAUAAUUAACACGUCGAAUUGUGAAUUUGUACAGUUCACAAUUUUACUGAUAUGUCUAGCUCUAGUCGGUUUGUAAUUUGUCGUAAUUCAUAAUAUUUAAUUAUUCAAACUUUCGUGAGAAAUUAUAAUAAACUUAUAUAAAAACGGCUAAAACACUCACGUAUAUUCAUCCAGUGGCUCAUUGAGCUGGUGGUCGCGUCUCCGAUAUAGACCAGUCCCACUCACCCUGAUGAAGGGUCUCCGAUGGGUUCGAAAGUCGGUGCCCCCGGACGUAUAUACGUCAGUGUUUAGAUGUUUUUAUAUAAGGGAACGUACCCAUACUACGUUACCUGUUUAGGGGGGGGGGGCGAAGUCCUUAAAAUACUACGCUCAGUCACAGGAGCGGGGGAGGGGGCCUCAGAUUUUAGUCACGUAUUCGUUAUUUGUCUUUUUUUUUCAUAAUACAUAAUUCACUAGUAAUUUAAGUAUGCAUGCAAAUCUUAUGCUAUAA